AUGACACCAAACCUUGUUAAUAAAGAUGCAAUUCUCAACGGAUCGUUUACAAACGGUUAUCAUGAACUGAAUGGCAUUCAUGAUGAUGCCGAAAUAUUUAAUGGAUCGUUUGCAAAUGGUUAUAAUGAGCUAGAUGAUAGUAUUCAUAAUGAUGGAGAGAUUCCAAACGAAUCAUUUAUAAACGGUCAUCGCGAAUCGAAUGGAAUUCAAAGCAAUGGCCAAAUUUUUCAUGAAUCGCUUACAAACGGUCAUAAUGAGCUGAAUGGUAUUCAUGGUGAAUCAUUCCUUGCAGAACUAGGAUUUGGCACAAGGGCUAUUCACAUAGGACAGGACCCUGAUCCAUACACUGGUGCUGUUAUUCCUCCAAUAUCUUUAUCAACUACUUUUAAACAAUCUUCAAUUGGUGCUCAUAAGGGUUACGAAUAUUCUAGAUCAAUUGCAGCAUUAAAAAAAGCAAAAUAUGGCAUUAUGUUUUCAUCUGGGUCUGUUACGACUGCAACUAUUGUUACAACCGUGGGAACUGGCG